UGUGCUAUUAUUGUGGUCGACUGGGUCAUGGCAAGUAGGAAUGUCCAUGGAGAAAGGCUAAUGAAGAAGCUCGUGUAGCUGGUCCUCCUGAAGGUAGAUUCACUCCUUGGAUGAAAGCGGGUACGAAUGCUCCAAGGCCCCCUCCUCCUCCUAGGGGAAGAAUCAUCCAACAAAGUCCAGGAGAUGCAGGGUCAAGCACUAACUCCCCAGGCUUCACUCAAAAUCAGAUUUGGGUUGCCGGAGGUGGCUCACCGGCGACGGGCAGCAUCAAUCCGAGAAUCUCAUCGACACCGUCGUCCCAGAGAUCCGAUGGAGUUUUGGAGCUCGCCGUUCGAGGUCCCCCCGGGAUUCACUCCCCAUCCUUUCCCAACGGAUCCUUCCUCACCAAAUCCGAGAUCGGUGUCAGGGCCUUCUUGCCAACAGCUCCAACAUCCACAUCCAGAAGCCAACUACAUGCUCUAUGGGGCCCUACCAUCAAGUUCACCUCAUUUUGACAAAGAUUGCCACUUCCCCAACAAUAUUGCAAGAAACCUCUCGGCUGAAAUGGAGGUUGAAGCUUGGGCCCAUGCUUAUGCCCAACAGCCCAAUCUAGCUUAUCAGGCCAAUUACUCCCAGGCCCACAAUCAGCCUUUCCAAGCCCACAUCUCAAAUGCAGCAUGUUCAACUAAUCAUCUUCAGCCCAACCUGGCUCAAGUUAUGCUUGAAUUAAACAGGAAAAUGGACCUUAAUAAGAAGCCACUUGAGGAUUGUCCUAACCAGCAGCCUCAUAAUCUGGAAGAAGGACAGGCCGAAUGGAAGAAGAGGAAACAUGGUAAUGCACUUGAUUUCGAGGGCCCCUAUUUUGCCUUGGGGGAAGGUUCUAUAAAGCCUAAGAAUGCAAGAAUCAAAGUGAAGCCAAGGAAGAAUCAAACCAACCCAGGGCUAUGGGAGUGGUAGAAGAGUCUCACGAGACAGUGCAGGAACUGGGGAAAAAAGAGCAGCAAGCAGA